AGGGAUGGAUAGACCUCGUGACCUGUGACGCAUUACACAUUCCAUCCAGUGCUUGUCGAUUUGCAUCUAAAGACUGAGUGUAGAUAGAAGGUGUGCGUGAAAGGCUGUACGUUAAAAGCUGUAAAUUCUACAUUUGAAGAAAACUCGAUUAUUGCGACUUCUGCCUGCCGUCCCUCUUCGAGAGGACAUGAGAGCUGCACGGGUGACUGUCAUGGCGGCGUCGAAUCUUGGCGGCCACGCGGCGUCUCCAGAUGACAAAGGAAUUGGAUGACGCAUGGAAUCUGGAGUGGUCAAGCACGGACCGAAUGUGUGGCUUGUUCAAUCAUGGCUACUGAAGGCUGGGAAAAUAAUCCAGAUUUGAAAAAGCUUUACAUUGGAAAGCUUAAGCUUGAGUCAACUGAGGAAAGUCUAAAAAAUCACUUUGGAAAAUAUGGAACUGUCACUGAAGUCAAGAUAGGCUUAGAUAAAGAUCAUAACCCAAGGGGGUUUGCCUUUGUGUCAAUGUCUGAUCAAGCAGCAGUGGAUCAAAUCUUAGAAGAUAAACCACAAGUUGUUGAUGGCCAGACUGUUUACCCAAGAAGGGCAAUUCCAAGAGAUGAUCCAAACCCACUGGCUCAGUUGAAAACAAAGAAGCUCUUCAUAGGAGGGCUUAAUGAAGAGGCCUCUGAAGAAGAUAUCAAGAAUGUGCUGGCCAUAUUUACACCCCAUCAACCAGAGAAAAUUAAACUGAUGUUUGACAGAAACACCAACAAAUUCAAGGGCUAUGCAUUUGCUUGGUUCCAAAAUGAACACAUAGUGGACAAGCUAUUUAUCAUCAGGAACUGCACAAUCAAAGACAAGAAAGUUGAGCUCAAGAAGGCAGAGGAAAACAGUGGACAGGGGGGAGGUGGUCAAGGUGGAGGUGGUGGAUUCCGUGGUCGUGGUGGAGGUGGAUUCAGAGGAAGAGGGCGGGGAGGAGGAGGAGGAGGAGGUGGUGGUGGUGGUGCAGGUUAUAAUGGUGCCUACUCACAACCUACCUAUGGUUCAGGUUAUGAAGGUUAUGAAAAUUACGGCAGUGGUGAUUACUCUUAUGGCAGUGGUUAUGGCUAUGAUGGUGGUUAUGGUAGUUAUGGUGGUGCCUAUGGCAGUGGUUAUGGUGGAGGUUAUCACAACAUGGGGGAGUACAGUUCUGAAGCGUCUUCAUAUGGUCCAAACAGGCGUGGUGGACAAGUGCGUGGACGUGGAGGAGGGGGUGGUGGUGCUGGUGGUGGUGGGUAUCGGCCUUACUAAGCCAGAAAGAACUGAACACAAAUGGAAAUAUUUUGUGUUAUUGAACACUGUGUAUUGUACUGUUUAUUGAUUGAAAAUCUUGUGCACUUCUGGAAUUGGACACUUGCAAAAGAAUUAGUAUCAUUUUUAGUAGCUGUACAUCAAUAAUUGUGAAAACAUGUACUUUUAAACCUGUAUUGUAGGUUGGUUGGUUGUCCAUAGCAAAGUAGGAUAUACAACUCAUCAACAGCACUUGUCCAGCUAUGUGAUCUGAACUGAAAAGUUUGAAAUUUUUCCAUCCUUGUAUGUCUAACCAUAGACUGUACAAAGUAUUUUUGACUUGUGCAGGUCCAGGAGGAUGGCAUAAUUCCAAAAAACAAUAUUUCCUGAAGUACUUGUGCAUUUAGAUUUUAAAGCAAUCAGCAUUUUUCAUUCAAGGGACAAAGCAGACUUCUUUCAGUUGAAUAUGUACUCAUUGAAUUUUAAACCUUUGUAUUAAAGACUGUAUGUUGACAUAA